AUGUCGUUCCUCAGAGGUUCGGAAAAUUAUGUUUGGUGUACCACAAGUGUACUAGGCAAGGGUGCAACUGGUGCAGUGUUUCAAGGUGUCAAUAAGAAUAACGGCGAACCGGUGGCAGUCAAAACAUUUAAUCAGUUAAGUCACAUGAGACCUCCUGAUGUGCAGUUGCGAGAAUUUGAAGUACUAAAAAAAGUUAAACAUGAAAAUAUUGUAAAGCUACUUGCUAUUGAAGAGGAACAGGAGGGUAGGGGAAAGGUUAUAGUAAUGGAAUUGUGCACAGGUGGUAGCUUGUUUAAUAUUCUUGAUGACCCUGAAAAUACUUAUGGACUACAAGAACAAGAAUUUCUCUUGGUUUUGGAACACUUGACUGCUGGAAUGAAACAUUUAAGGGAUAACAACUUAGUACAUAGGGAUUUAAAACCUGGUAAUAUAAUGAAGUUUAUAAAUGAGGAUGGCAGUACUACUUAUAAGCUAACAGACUUUGGAGCAGCUAGAGAGUUACAAGAGGAGGAACAGUUUGUAUCACUUUAUGGUACAGAGGAAUACUUGCACCCAGACAUGUAUGAGAGGGCUGUUUUAAGAAAGCCAGUAGGAAAAAGUUUUGGUGCUACUGUUGACCUGUGGUCUAUUGGAGUCACAUUGUAUCAUGUUGCUACAGGCCAGUUGCCAUUUAGGCCAUUUGGUGGAAGGAGGAAUAAAGAGACCAUGUUCUUUAUUACAACAAAGAAAGCAUCUGGUGUUAUAUGUGGUACACAAACAACAGACAAUGGGCCUAUAGAAUGGUCUCGGGAAUUACCACCUCACUGUCAGCUAAGUGCAGGGCUCAAAAAGCUGGUAACACCUCUCUUGGCUGGCUUGCUUGAGGUAGAUCCACAUAGAAUUUGGACCUUUGAAAGAUUCUUCUCUGAAGUUCAGACUGUUACAUCAACAAAGCCUGUGCACAUAUUUCAUGUAAACAAGGCCUGUGUUAUUAAGGUCUUUUUAAAACCAGAAGAGAAGUUUGAACAUCUCCAGACCUACAUCUGUGAGCAGACAUCUGUUGUAGCAGAGACACAAAUAUUGCUGUAUCAGGAGAAAUUAAUUCUUAAUGAAAUUGAUGAAAAUACACCUGGCAAAAGUUACCCGGAUACAACAGAUAAUGAUCCCCUGAUGCUUUUCAACAAGAAUGACAACUAUGUUAGUAUGCCCCAGGAGCCUGAAGCUCCUAAAUUUCCUGCUUUCCCAACAAUAAUUUCUGUUGAGAAUGAUGCCACACAAGCCAAGACGGCGUGUAGUGUGGGACACGUUAUAAAGCGGCGUGUGGAAGAGCUUUGUCGAGCGUCCCAAUUGUGUGCAAUGUGCGUUGCGCGAUGGGGUUCACUGCUCACCGCCCGCCUGAGAGACACCACCUCGCGAGCCACCGCUCUCGCCUCCAAUGCUCAGCGCUUACACGAUGCGGCGCGCGCCCUCGACCUCGCCGCCGCCGCCCUGCGCCACGCCGCACCUCUCACGACUCAAGAGGUAUGCGCUCUAGAACCGCCUUAUUAUACAGUUCUACAAGCUUAUUAUAUAGUUCUACGGUUUCGGCAGGCAGAGCAAUGGGCGGGCAGCGCGUCGCUGCUUGCGGCGGAAGCGGAAUCUUUGCGCGCUGGUGCGGCGGGACUGCGGACCCGACACGCGGGCGGGGCCUUACGUGCCGAGUGGGACGAGGCGCUAACGCACGCGGCCUGCCCGGCGCGCCUGCGACUAGCGGAGCGCGCGGCGUCUUUAGUGUUGCGACUGCGAGACUCGUGGCAGCAUUUAGUGCGCGACAGGGCCACGCGCUCACUGACGUACAACGAUGAGCAGUUUCACGUGUUGGAGCGGAUCACGGUGGCGGAGACGGGGCGUCGGGCGCGCGCCCUGUUGCAACGAGCUGCGCCAUUGGCCCGCGCUCGAGCGAUGGCCAUCGCCGACUGGUAUAAAGUGGCGCAGACCGUGUAUUUGCAGACUCAGAUCCUCGACAAGGACGUGGCCAGCGCAGACCUUAAAUUGCUGGCGCUAACCGCCCGUCUGCAGGACGCCGAGAUCAAGAUGCGCGCCCGCAUACAGCAGUUGAACUCGACAAAAGCGGAACCGACAAGUCGGACAUCGGGCGUCGUGGAGGGUUCGCGGGGGACGACUGUAGCUGGCGUGGUAGGAGCGUCCGGAGCGGGCGUGCGCGCGCUCUCAGCGUGCGGAGAUGACGUAGCUGCGGGGCUAGCGACCAACUCGAUGCUGCUGGCGGACCUGCUGCGGCUGACGCGCGAGUUGCGCAGCUAG